UUGGGGACGGGCGCCCCGCACAGGAACGAUACAUGAGGUUGCAGAAGGAUGGAGAAACACUCAGUUACCAAGGGAACUCUGAAGAGGUGGGUUGCUAUGUGGCUGGCCAUCCUUUAUCGAAGGGAAAUUAUUAUUUCGAGUUUGAUGGGCCCACAUACCGUCAUCCCCUGGUUGUGCCCAAGAUUGCUUUUCCAUCGAGCCAGCAAUUUUAUCCCCUGGAAUCCCGUUCCUGACAAUUUUCUCAACUUCAUAUUAAAUUCUCAGUGCCCCCCCACAGUCCCAGUUCACCAGUGCAAAACCACUACCUCAAAAAUGUCCUAGCUCCGUUGGAAUGAGGGAUAGGGUGUGGGUUAGGUGGUAUCUCUGAGCACAAAGAUUAGUCUAACACACAGUGUUUUUCAGCAGACUGGCAGAAGGAGAAAGCAUUGGACGUUUAUUUAAGCAAAGCUGACAUGCUCCUACAUUGUGCACCCAGUCCUCAUCCAUACAGUAGAGAGAAAAGGGGAAAGGAUCAUGUUGAUUUAGCACAGGAAAAAGUUGCAAAAGUUCUGUCGUAAAUUAGGUGUGCCGAGGUCUGCGGCGUGUUAUUUAUGAGCUGAUCUUAUUUGUGGAUGGUGCAUGUCAUGGAAGACCUUGUGACGUGCAGUCAAAGAGACUGCAGGUGACGGCAGGCAUUCUUACUUGUCGUGGGUUUUAGGGAUUCAGGAGGAAACGUCGGGCCGUACGUUAUCCGCGGAACCUGCGUCAUUCUGCUGGCCUGCAAAUAGACUGAGAGUCCUGUAGCCACACCAAACUCUCAUGAAAAUGAUUUACUUCCUCCCCCUAUUCUUUUCAGAUUUUCUCCUUCUUGAGGUGAGAAGCACAAAACUUUGGGGCAUGAGUUGAAACAUAUCCGAUAUGUUUCACUAAGACUCUGUACAAGCUGGCAAUGUUCUUUGACAUUUUUAUUUUUUUUAAAUCAUGGCUGUGAGGAGUUCCUGAUUUCUGCCAGAUAUGACAUUUCUUCUGAAUGUGAUGUCAAAUUCUCAUCUGACCUCCAGAUCCCUCUCUCCCUCUCUCUCCCUCUCUCUCCCUCUCUCUCUCACUCUCUCUCACUCUCUCUGUCUCUCCUGCCCUAGCAUGCAAAUCGUUAAGAUAACAAUUUUAAUAUUUAAAUGAGAAUCACAUUUUGGAGGCUCACCGGUCUCUCUGACAUUUAAACAAGAGGAUUUUAGUACGGUUAUCACCCAGAGUUUCAUGCUACAUUUUUUCUCUACUCAGUGACGCACAUGGCUGUCAGUUUCCCAGAUAUCUCGAAAAUUUGGGAGCAUUUAUUCCCAUAAAGGUCAGGCUUCUGUCGACAUAUGCGUCACCGCUAUCCUCGUGUUCCUCCCUCGUUCUGCUUUCACAAGGAAUCCAUUUCACUUUUGUUGUCGGCGCCGCUGCACUUUCUCCAGUUGUCGUGUCGUCAGUCUUCCUCGAGCCCAGCUGAACAUCUGCAGCAUUCCACACAUUUUAAUAGAGCUGUUUAAUAAACAUUAAUGUCAACAUAACUGAACAGCUCAUCGAUGAGCACAUUCCUGCUCUUUCAUAAUCUAAGUAAACUCACAUGUUGUUUUUUUUAUUCAUGGUAUUUUAACAGUUUAGGUGUGGAAGUGGAAACCUGCCACGGAAAAGAAUUCACUUCUUGCACAAAGCAUAGGUGAUGAUAGUGGACACAGGGGUGAGGGGAACCAUUGCUGUGGGCCUGGUGCCUAAAUUCUACAGGCUGGACCACCAGCCUGGCUGGCUGCCAUACUCUGUAGCUUACCACGCUGACAACGGCAAGUUGUACAAUGGCAACCCCGUUGGGCAGCAGUUUGGACCAAAGUGUGCUCGUGGUGACCGCAUCGGCUGUGGAAUACACUCAGAAAAUACUGAAGCAGGUUUUACAACAGUCUUCUUCUCCAAAAAUGGCAAAGAGGUGGGUUCAGUCAAGGUUCCCGUGCUGGCGGAGGGGCUGUUCCCUGCUGUAGGGAUGCACUCCAUGGGGGAGGAGGUGAAGGUUGACCUGCAGGCCGAGUGGCUCCUGGAGGAGGACGAGAGUAUGAUGAUGGUUGACAGCCAUGAAGAUGACUGGGGUCGGCUUUAUGACGUCAGGGUGAGCGGCACGCUCCUGGAGUAUGUUGGCAAAGGAAAGAGCAUCAUGGACGUGGGUUUGGCCCAGGCUCGCCAGUCUCUGACCACCCGCUGCCACUAUUAUGAAGUAGAGAUCGUUGAUGCUGGGGAGAAGUGCUACAUUGCCCUGGGUCUGGCAAGAAGGGACUACCCCAGGAACAGGCACCCGGGUUGGAGCAGAGGAUCAGUGGCCUACCAUGCAGAUGACGGAAAGAUCUUCCACGGCAGCGGCGUUGGCGACGCGUUUGGUCCCCGCUGCUUCAAAGGCGACAUCAUGGGCUGCGGCAUCAUGUUCCCACUCGACUACAUCCCGGACGGAGAAGAUGACACUGACGACUGGGAUCGGCCGGAUGUCCGUCCGGGUCAUGCAGGCGUCCAGAACGUCCUGUACCUCAAUGACGAGGAGGAGGAGGAGGAGGAGGAGGAGGAAGACGGGGAAGAGGUAGAGCAGGGACAGGAGGGAAGGAAGGUCACGGUGUUCUUCACGAGGAACGGGAAGCUGAUGGGCCGGCGGGAGAUGGCGGUUCCCCCCGGCGGCCUCUACCCCACCGUGGGGAUGCUGAGCAGCGGUGAGAAGGUGAAGGUGGACCUGCACCCUCUCAGCGGAUGACCCGACGGGUUCUGGGCCGCACACGUGACGCCCUGCAAACAGCUGGCUGCGCUGCAGAGCUCGCCCCACGGUAGCCUAGCAUGCUGCUAAACACUCGCCAGAACACACACACACACACCCACACACACACGCCGCACUCAUGCACGUCGCUGGCAUCUCUCUCCCCCUCGACACACUGCCGCCCCCGCCCCCCCCUCCACGGCUUUUUAUUUAUGAGGCUUGUACAUUAUAUAAACACACAAUCGUGAAGAGAAAAUAUAAAAACCAGAGCCACCUCCUGGUUGCAUAGUAGCAGAGCGAGAUCCGGGCGGAGACAACUCCUGAGAGACUAUUAACUGUUAAUUCUAUGCAAUCUGUGCCUUGUCACCGGCUCACCGAACCUCCUCCUGCAUGCGGCGCGUCUCUGAAACACUUGAGAUUUUAAAUCCCGCUCAUGACGUCUGGCACACUUCUUUUAUUUUGUUUGUCACGACCCCAAAGCAAAGCGGAGCGAGGGCCAACAGUCGUGCCGAGUCAGAGCUCGUUGGCACUUUGUGUUUCAGGUAUUAGACUCCCUCCCUCCCUCUCCCUGGGUCCUCUCUCUGGGUGAGGCUGCCCUCCUGUGAGCGAUCAUGGAGCUGCCGUUUGCCCCCACCUCGCUCGCCGCUCUCCCGGAGCCGGCUGGAAGGGAACAGUGGAUCUGUUUCAGUUAUUCGUGGUUGGAUCUGAUUGUUUGCCGAGGAUUCUUUUUUACCAGUUUGGUAAAUCGCAGCCAAACACGAGCUUCUGCUCCGGAGCGGCAUCAGAUCAGACGUUUCCUCAGAGUAGAUUUUAAUGUAAGUAUUUUGUAGUUUCACGUUGGAGCCCGGAUUAAAUGAACGGCUCCCGAUUUAUUUUCUAUAUAUACGUCUGCAAAAAUACGCAUUUUAAAAAAUGUUAUCUUCUGCGUCAAAGGUUCAGGGAAUGUGUUUUUUGCAUUUGCACUUUGACGGCAUGACCGGGAGGCUGUGGAGACUUUAGAGGACGGAACAACAGAACACCUCCCAGUGCGAUACGAUCCAGUGUCACACAACACACCAGAGCCAUAUUCAUAACCAUUAGUUCAAUAAACAGGUCUGAAAGAACAAUAAUGUACCUUCGCAAACCUCACACACACGAGUGUCGGUGUUGGAUUGGAUUGAAUCGCACUGUCAUGUGUUGUCCUGUUAUUUUGACAUGUCCUUCUCCGUCUGUAGAAGUUUUACUCUCUGUGCAUGUUUGGCCUCAAUACGAUUGUUUUCCGUUUUACUUUUCGUCUUCUUUCCCCCUCGUUUUCCCUGUAAAGUCAAAAUGAUGAUAGUUAAAACGAGACAGGAAACAACUAGUCACAAUUGUAAGUUAACUUUCUUUCCUGGCUGCCAUAUGUGACGUAAAAAUUAACUGCUGGACGUUUGUUUUAGUUUUUUGGUUUUUUUUAUAUAAAGACAAUGACGUUUAGUUGCUGCAUGAUGUUUUACGGAAAAAGAAAGAAAAAGAAGUGCGUCUGGCCCCCACCAGGGGGCCUGUGUCACAGACCGAGAUCAGAAGGGUCGUCCAGACAUCUUUGAGUUUAACUCAGGUUUGAACUAGGAUCACAAAGCCGACUCGUUUUUUAAACCAGGCCAGAUUAAAAUGGCAGCCUGGUCAAAACGACCGGACUACUAAUCAGAUCCCUGGGAAAAAUGGAGUCAUCACUCCUUCAGAAUCCAAAUGUGGGCAAAAGUUUACAGUAUAAAGAACAGAGGCUUUUUUGUAUGAUUGUUUACAUGAUAAUUAUGUCAAAGUUGGAGGGGACAUUUUUGCAAAAACAUAGAUUACAACUACUUAUUAUUUUUAUUAAUUUAAUAAUCAGCUAUUUUCUCAAUCAAUUUUUUUUUUGGGGGGGGGGGUUGAUAUUAUAUUAAAAAUGAUUUCCUAAAACCCAAGUUAACCAAUUUAUAAUAUCCUAAGAAUCAUAAGACUGAAAAAAAGUUGUUGUCACAUUUAGAAAUAGGACUUGAGAAUACUCGAUUCAUCUUUGACGUCUGUAAAGUUUCAUUAAGCCACAAAUCACAGGGUCGAUGGUUAAGUCACCGUUUUUCUUUGUUGUUGUUGUUUUUUCUCACGUGUCCACGUGUCAAGACACUCAACCUCAACUCAGUGUGUGUGACUGCAUGAAUUGGUCCAUUUCCCCUUCUUUUAUUUCAGGUUAGUUACCGCGCUGGAUAAUUCCUGCACAUAUUUACAGUCUCAGCCUUUUUUUACUGCUCAUAGUUUCUAUCGCUUCCUAUUCUAUUCCAGUUGUGUGAUUAUGUUUUAUAGAUUUCACCUCAGUGAAAAUCACCUCUCACUUUUGCACGAACCAAAUCUCUUUUACAAACAAAAAAAUACAAAUAUAAAAACAUUCUUGCAUGACGCUUUGGCCUUUUAAAAAAAUCCAUGCUUUCUUUUUUCUUUUUUAAAACCUGGUGCCUACAUUACGCAACAUCGCAAGUCGGCCACCGAUUGUUCGCUUGGAGAUUCGAGUCUUAAUGAUUUAGUCUUCGGACUGAACCAACUUUUAGAAAUAUACUGUAUUAGUAAACGACGGUUAACGGCGUUGGGCUCGGUUGAACAUGCGACUCGAAGAGAGUCGGACGACAGCUGAACUUUCUCGGUGACACAGGCCCCCCGGGAGCCGAAGAACCGUCUGUGUCGGGAGGUGAACGAGAAACGCUGUCGGCGGGUUCGUCAUGUCAUGUGGUCGUGUUGUCUCAGUGGGAGCUGGUUUCCGCACUAAUCAUUUCCUCUUGUGUUCGGUUAAAGGGAGUGAUGUCGCCGUUAUUAUAGAGUAUCAGCCGAAAUCGGUUUAAACCAAAACCUUCUUCAAAUUGUAAUCAAUGUUUUUUUCACAUCUGUACAUUCCUCUGUACCUUCCUAUGAAGUACAGCAGGUCUUAGUAGUGUUGUUGUUUGUUUUUUUUGCAUGUAAACUCCACCCCUCAUGCGUUAGGACGCUGCAGACAGUGACGCUAACAUGCUGUAAAAAAAUAACGACACAGGGUUUAAACUAUUAAAUCACAUAUCUGCAGGAGAUUGUAUGUUUGUUCUCAGCUGUUUGUUUUGGAAUCAUGGUCAAAUAUGUAAAAGAAAAAAAGAUGUGUAAGUCAGUCUGUUGUUGUUGUUGUUGUUGUUCUCCUGCAGGGCUGGAUAGAGACUCACGUUCAAGUCAGACUUAAGCUAGAUGGUGCAAAGACAUUAAUGUGACACUGGUGUGGACAUCGGAGCCACAUCGAAGUUCAGGGUAUUAAAGUCACUUUUAUUUAAAGUUUACUCAGAAUCUCAGUUUACAAAAGAUAACGACACCUUUCAACCAAAUUAGAGCGAAAUCUGGUUCAAGUUUUUGUAGCAUCUCUAAUUUUACUGUCCUGUAAUAAUGAUGAUAAUAAUCUCUCGCCUUGUUGACAUUGCACUAUGAAGGCCUUGUGCAGUACGUAUGUUUUAUCAUCAAUAAAGAUUUCAGUAAUGUUA